AUGUGCACUUUAGCGGAGACACAACUACUGCUUUUGUUGCAGCUACUAUUUCUCUGGACCACUCAGGCUCUGGCUCAGGCGCCAACUCCCUUCACCUUACCCCUGAAAGUCUCCCCAAUCAAGCUAAAUAGGUCUUCACCUCGCCCACCCCCAGUAACUGCAUCGCUAGCUGCACCACUUGGAAAUGAGUCGGAGGGACGCCUGCGAGACGUGGCAGCAGAAGGGUUGGCUUUGGCGCUGGACCCUACUAGGGGAUUGGUCAACUUCUUACCCAUGAUAGAUAAUUUGAAAGGGGACGCUGGCUGGGGCUACUACCUGGAGAUGUUUAUUGGGACCCCGCCACAGAAGCUGCAGAUUCUUAUUGAUACUGGAAGCAGUAACUUUGCAGUGGCAGGUGUCCCUCAUAGAUAUAUAACUUCAUACUUUGACACUGAGAAGUCUAGCACAUAUCACUCAAAAAACUUGAAUGUCAAUGUUAAAUAUACUCAAGGAAGCUGGACAGGAUCAGUUGGUGAAGAUGUGGUUACUAUUCCUAAGGGAUUCAAUAGUACAUUUCUUGUCAACAUUGCUAUCAUUUUUGAAUCAGAAGAUUUUUUUUUACCAGAGACUAAAUGGAAUGGAAUACUUGGACUUGCCUAUGCCGUGUUAGCCAAGCCAUCGAGUUCAUUGGAGACAUUCUUUGAUUCCCUUGUGAAGCAAGCAAAGAUCUCCAAUAUUUUUUCUAUACAGAUGUGUGGUGCAGGAUUACCAAGAGACAGAACUGGUACCAAUGGAGGUAGUCUUGUCAUGGGAGGGAUUGAACCAAGUUUAUAUGAAGGUGAUAUAUGGUAUACUCCAAUUAAAAAGGAAUGGUAUUACCAGAUUGAAAUUCUGAAGUUGGAAAUUGGAGGACAGAACCUCAAUUUGGAUUGCAGUGAGUACAAUGUAGAUAAAGCCAUUGUGGAUAGUGGCACUACUCUGUUGCAUCUACCUCAGAAAGUUUUUGAUGCUGUGAUCGAAGCAAUUUCCCAAACAUCUUUGAUUUCAGAAUUUUCUGAAGGAUUUUGGACUGGUUCUCAGCUUGCAUGCUGGAACUAUGAAACACCUUGGUCGUAUUUUCCCAAUAUUUCCAUAUACCUGAGAGAUGAGAACUCCAGCAAAUCAUUCUGUAUCACUAUUCUGCCUCAGCUUUAUAUUCUUCCUAUAUUGGGAAUUGACUCAAAUUAUAAAUGUUACCGGUUUGGCAUCUCAUCUUCUACUAAUGCUUUCGUAAUUGGUGCUAUAGUCAUGGAAGGUUUUUAUGUUGUGUUUGAUAGAGCUCAGAAAAGAAUAGGAUUUGCAUUGAGUCCCUGCGCAAAAGUUGAUGAUGUUCCAGUAUCUGAAAUUUCAGGACCUUUCUCAACAGAUGACCUAGAAAGCAAUUGCAUCCCUGCUUCACCUUUGAAUGAACACAUCUUGUGGAUUGUUUCAUAUGCUCUUAUGAGUUUGUGUGGAAUCAUAUUCCUUGUAUUAAUCGCACUGCUGUUUCCAUCUGGCUGUCUGCAUUGCUCUCAUAAUCCUAAUUUGGUUAAUGAUGAAUCAUGUCUAGUCCAGCAUCGCUGGAAAUGA